AGAACAUCACAGAGGCCGUUCAAAACUGCGCGCAUGCAAAAGAGAAGAAGAAGGACAGUGUGCCACAGAAGGCAGAAGGCCUUCAGCACACCCCUGCACAAAUACAAAGUCUUCUCGAGGCCAAUAAAUUGUCUGAAAAACCGAAUAAUAGCUAUACAGGGCAAGGGGCGCUGACACCAGGAUACGUGCAGGAAUCCUCACCAUGGGUGUUUCAGGGAACGCCAGAUGGCAUACCACUCUAUCGACAGCACAACGGAGAGCACAGUAUGAAUGUGAAAGUAGCACGAGAACACAACAAUCUUGUUGUGAUGAUAUCUGCUGUGGCCUUUGCAACAUUAACGGGAUUGCUACUACUAGGAGCGAGCGUGUUUUUGUCCGUGUUUGCCUCAUUGGCAGCAACAAGCUUGGUCAUAUACUUGCGAGUGAGCCGCUUAGAGACGAAGGAUGGCACUGUACCAAACUACAUGACUCAUCAGGCGAUGAUGGCGGGUACGGAGCGAGUGGUAUCGACACUUAUCGACGGGAAUGUGUUUGGAUUUCAGACCGGUGGGUGUGAGAUAGAGAAGAUCAAUGAAUACGCCAGUGUCAUGCGCUAUGAUUUGCUACCGGUUUGGUGCGGUCUAGGAUACUCUGAGCCACGUGACAUAGUUGUGAUGCGCUAUUGGCGCAAAGAAGAGGAUGGCAGUUUUGUGAUUUUGUUUCAAAGCACAACCUCUGCAAAGGCGCCGCCUCGACCGGAGUUCAUUCGGGCGUCUGUGCCCGUAUCUGCCGUAGUGGUAUAUCCUGUCAAGCCAGAGCUUCGCAGUCAAAAGAACCCUCGGUGUAUGGUCACUAUGAUUAUUGGCUACGAUCCGGGAAGCUGGGGUUCCAUCAUGGUGAAUUAUUUUCACUCCACUAGAUAUGUACUUCCGUUAAUGAAAGCCCUCCGUCGACUCAAAGACAGCGUACAAGCGCCAGACUUUAUCGAUCCAUCGAUUACGAUAGAACCACAAGCAAGUACGGAUUCGACUGCCGAAAUAGUGCCUAAUAUCGGUGUCGAUAACAAGGGAUUGGUUGUAGGGGUCAAGAAGUACCCCACCAGCUGUCAGCCGCACACAUGGGCGGAGCCGGACGGUUCCCAGUUCAGUGUGCGAGGUCCUCACUAUCUGAAGGACAAGGUGAAGAUGACGGCGGACACUUCAGUAUUUCAUUUGGUGGGCGUAGACCUGUUCAGUUUCGAGGAUCCGGCAGAACGAAUAAACCUUUCGUCUCGUUCAGAUAGUUUGGUUAGAAAGGUGGAAAAGGAGGCUUUGGAAAACGGCACUAAGGUUCCCUUUACAUUCAUCGUAAAUAUGAUCAUUCCAUGCACAGACAACAUAGCAUUUGUGUGCUACUACCAACCAACUCAUGCAAACUGGCGCGAAGAGAAUUCAGAGUUCAAGGACCUCUUCAGCGACUUUGUAGACGGAGACGAUGCAUUCAGGAAUAGCAGAUUUAAGUUAAUACCGAAGAUCGUUGAUGGAAGCUACUUAUUGCGGAAAGUUCUAGGAGCAAAACCAGCGAUUAUAGGGAACAAAGGACUAACGAAUCCAUACUUUCGUGGAGAAAAUUGGUUUGAGGUGGACAUUGAUGUCAAUUCCGAUUCUCACGCCCGAAACAUCACUGGUAUGGUAGUGGGUGCGACCAAAUCGCUGGUGGUGGACAUUGCGUUUAUCAUCGAGGCACAGGCCGAAGAAGAGCUACCUGAGCGCGUGUUGGGGACCGUUCGAUUGAACCAUUUGGACACUACUAAAUCACUACGAGUUCCGAAGGGCCGGGGCGACGUGCUACCCGACGACAAGAAUAGCCCAGGGUCUGUAACCUCGGGUGGCCUUUCGUUAAACGGUGGCGCCCGGCCAUCUGAUACGAUGUCGCUGCACAGUGCUAAUGAUGGUGGUAAGGGCUCACAACAGACGCCGAAGGGGAGCACACCGUCGAGUGCAAUUGCAGCGCCUAGUCCGAUUGGCGAGCAUGUCAAGGGCAAGCACCAACGCACGGCCAGCGCCACUUCACUACGCAAUAUCAUGGGAAAGAGAGCGGGGCGAAAAUCACCUGAACCUUUAAGCCCGAUGUUCGGACACCAGGGGGCCAGUUUGGGCGCUGGAGGCUUAGCAGGGGCGAGAGAAGAAUCUCUCACAGUCCCUAGUCAGUAAACCAGUAUUAGAAUAAGACACAAAACGAGUUUUCAAAGCAACUUGGGGAGGGGCAUCAAUCAAUAAUUCGCGAUAUAUUGUAUCCAUUUAUAUCUGAGAGAUAAAUCUCGGUGAAUCUGCUCGGAUAACUUUAUGUGGUUAUAAUUUACCGACCUCUACGGUGCUCGUAGCAAAUUUGAGAUAUAUAUAUAUAUAUUUUACUAUUUUUGCAUUCGGGGGUACAUAUCGUGUUGCUUUAUAAUAAAUCGUAAGUAUUCUAGUUGAAGUAAAUAGUACUCGCAUCUUGCCAGGAGCGCGACUUGAC